AUGGUCAUAUUUGGAUCGUUCGGAUUUAGAUUUGGAUUGGGUGAAGGAAUAGGAGCUUCUGAGGUUCAAGCUUUAGCGGAUUUUAAUAACAAUGUUGUGAGAAGUGUGGACGAGGUUUGGAGGAAAAUUGUAUCGGGCGAGAGGAAAGAGAUCACGAUGAAAGAGGAGGCGCCGAACGAGAUGGUGACUUUGGAGGAUUUCUUGGUGAAGUCUGGUGCUAUGGAGGAAAAGGAGGAGGUUAAGUUGCAUGCGAAUAGGUUGAAUGGUGGAGUGUACCCGAUCGAUCCAGUGGGAGGGGGUGCGUUUCAGAUAUUGGAUAAGAUGGAGGGGUCAAUUGUUGGGUUUGGGAACGGGAUGGAAGUUAAUGGGAGUGGAGGUGGUUGAGGAGAGGGAAGAGGGGUUUUAGUGGAGCCGUUGGAUAAAGCAGCACAACAGCGGCAGAUAAGGAUAAUUAAGAUCAGGGAAUUUGCUGCCCGGUCCCGGGAAAGGAAACAUGCAUACCAAGUUGAAUUGGAAUCAUUAGCCGUAAAACUGGAAGAGGAGAACGAGUGGCAUUUGAAAGAAAAUGAUGAGAGAACUAAGGAAAGAUUUAAGCAGCUCAUGGAGAAGGUGGUUCCAGUUGUGGAACAGCGAAGACCAGCGCGUCUGCUACAAUGUUACAACAACCCAGGUUGGGCCCAAUUUACAAACUCAGAUUACAACAAAUUCCGGAGCCCAGAAAAUCAACAGCAAUCAGACCCGGACCCGGUUGCAGACCCAUACUCGUGCCAGUUUCAGCUCCUACAUGAGGCCAGCACGCCCGAGCAACGCCCAUACUCUGUUGCUCCUGCACCCCCGCGCUUCACCCAUGCCUCUCAUGUUAACCAAGUGUUUCAGAUGCCAUGCCCCAAUAAAGAUUCCAACAGCUAA